AUGAACACUCGGGAAAAACAUUACUCUCCGGAGCCAGACGACACGACGAUCACCAACGACCAUGACGUAGGUGAUGAAGAUGACGAUGGAUAUCUUUUUGUAGCAUCUUUGAAUGUUGCAGACUGUGAUGAUGCUGAGUCCCCUUUGACAAUGGUGGCUAACAAAAGUUUGGAUCUGAGUCGAUCCCUAACUGACCAGUGCAACAGACUGGCUGACCUAACGUGCAAUGAUUACCUAUGGAUCGAUGAUACUGAUGUUGCUGAUGAAAUCAUUUCCAACAGUUUUAGUACUAAGCAGGAACAUUGUCCAGUGCCAGCAUUCCAAGACAGAAACAGCCUACAACAACAACCGCAACAUCAGCAACGUUAA